CGUGAUCACAUGUUGCCCAUCAUCUUUGACAGAUGACAGUAAAAAUAUGAGGUUAUGUAUCUUUGGUUCGCAUGAGAAAAAGAAAUAUGGUUUUUACUAUACUUUUCAGUAUCAUUUAGGAUUAUUUUAAAUAUGUCCACUUCUAUGGAAGAUGUUCUUCUGCAAAUACCUCAAGUCAGAUAUAAAAAAGGAGACGGUACCCUUUUUCUUAUGGACCAGAGGCUGAUUUGGAUGGUAGAAAAUAAGGAUACUGUUGCCGUGUCACACCUAUAUGCAGAUAUAAAAUGUAAGUCCAUUUGGGAACAUCAAUAGAAUAAUAUUCAAUACUAUGUCUCAUAGCUCAGAAGAUAUCUCCUGAAGGAAAGGCCAAGGUACAGCUUCAAGUAGUACUGCACAAUGGAGUCUCAUCAACAUUCCAUUUCACAAACACAGAAGGUCUCCAGGCUCAACUUGCAGAUAGAGAUAAGGUCAAAGAAAUGCUACAAACACUAUUGCCAAAAUUUAAGAAAAAGGUUGAUAGAGAACUGGAAGAAAAGAAUAAGCUAUUGUCUAGUAAUCCAGCAUUGCUUCAACUGUACAAAGAUCUUGUUAUGACAGAGGUGGUUACUUCUGAAGAAUUUUGGUCACAACAUGCUGUACAAUAUACUCAGAAACAAAAUCAGCCACCUCAAGAAAUUGGAGUGUCAGGGGCAUUUUUAGCAGACAUCAAACCACAAACAGAUGGUUGCAAUGGAUUGAAGUAUAAUAUUACCCCAGAUAUAAUAGAAUGUAUUUUUAAAACAUAUCCAGCAGUUAAGAAAAAAUAUAUUGAUAAUGUGCCAUCGAAACUAACUGAAUCUCAGUUUUGGACAAAAUUUUUCCAGUCACAUUACUUCCAUAGAGAUCGAAAAUAUGCAGAAAGCAAAGACAUAUUUACUGAAUGUGGUAAAUUAGAUGAUCAAGAAUUGAAGAAAGAUAUCCAAACUGGCAUCAAUGAUCCACUUGUAAACCUUACCGAAUUUGAUGAUAAAACUCUGGACGAAGGAUACGGUUUGGGCAGAGAAAAACAACCUAGUAGUAGUGGAACUGUCAGCCAAGCGAUGAUCAAAAGAUUUAACCAGCAUUCUGUUAUGGUGCUAAAAGCUACAAAGAAAAAGGACAGUACACCUUUGCAGAAUGGUACAGAUAAAGAGCCAAAAACAAAUGCAUCUUCCUCAAAUAACAUAGAUGAAGACACAUCUGAACCAGUUAAUAAAAAACAGAAGGUAUUAGAAAAGAUUACCUAUGAUGACCUGCAAGAUACCACAGCUGACAAUAAUAAAACUGGUGUUCAUCUCAAUUUGUCAAAGGUCGAAAGAUAUUUGCACGGCCCCAUGCCAGACACGUCUGUAGAGUACAUCAACCCAAAUGAAGCAUUAUCAGUCAUAAGGAGUGUCCUCCAGGAAACUAGGAAUUGGAAUAGCAGGCACAGUUCUAGUGCACUGGUAACACCUGCAUCUGCAGUUGGUGCUCUCGGUGAACUGUCACCUGGAGGAGCACUAAUGAGAGGAUUCCAAGAACAGUCCUUAGCACGUAAGCUGCAUCUCAUUUUUUCAUAGGUUGAAAAUAGACUGAUUUUUUUGCCUUUUGCCAGUGAAAUUUCUGAAUUGUAGUCGAUAAUUUUGAGGCUUUCCUCCAGCUGGCAUCCUUCUUCCUCUAUGGUCUCCCUCUUUAAUCAUUUCUUUCUUUCUUUCUCCAUAUAUUUGACUAAGUGUAAUACCUGGGCAAUCAGGCCUCAUAACCCUAUAUGUAGACCCACAAGAGCAACAGUCAUAUGUACAAAAAAUAAAACUCGUUUUUUGCGUCUAUUUUUGAGGGGUAAAACAUUGGGGGUAGGAGUUGCAGUGUGUAGUGGAGGGUAUAUAUAAACUUUUUGAAUUGCAAUUCUUUGUUAUACGAGGAGGUAACUAAAAAUAACCGGAAUAGCAUUGCAGUGGGCGGAGCUUGUUUAGUACACAUUUCUGCCCCUAAAGGCGUACACGCCACCUGAGUUGUCGAUCUGGCUUGUUUCGCUCCUCUGUAGUCAUCGUUUUUGCUAGAGGUGUUUCGAGCUUGUUUCGUUUUUUACGACGGCAAGCUUCAAUGAGCAACGUGCAGCUGUGAAAUUUUGCUUUCUAAUUGGUCAAAAUGCUGCUGAAACUGUUUUAAUGUUGAAAAUAGCUUACAAAGAUGAUUUUAAGGGAAUAACUCAGGUGUACGAGUGGUUUGCUUGAUUUAAAAAUGGCCACAUGUCGAUUGAUGACAAACCUCUCUCUGGACGUCCAUCAGCUGCCCGAAUCGACGAAAAUAUUGAAAAAAUCGAGAGUUUGUGCUUGUAAACCAUCGACUGACAAUCGAUCAACUAUCAGUAAGUAGUGGGUUGUCCUGGAGUUUGGUUCAGGGAAUUUUAACAGAAGAUUUGGGAAUGAAAAGGGUUGCUGCAAGGCUUGUUCCUCGGACUCUGACUGACAAUUAAGCAGAACACCGAGUUGAAACAUGUUGUGCUUUGAAACAAUAGCUUGAAUCUGAUCCAAAUUUCUUGUCAAAGAUCAUCGCUGGUGAUGAGACUUGGUGCUACGGUUAUGACCCAGAAACGAAGCAAUUCAAGUGAAUGGAAGACACGGCCGUCACCCUGUCCAAAAAAUGUCGUCAAGUCAAAUCAAACAUCAAAACAAUGCCGAUUUGUUUUUUCGAUGUAAUCCAUUCCGAGUUUGUUCCCCCAGGUCACACUGUCAACCAGGCCUUUUCUUUGUAGGUUUUAAGACGUUUGCGAAACAGUAUUCGACAAAAAAGACCCGAUUUGUGGCAGUCAGAGACUGGUUCUUCCACCACGAUAAUGCACCUGCGCACACACUUUGUGAAAAAGUUGAAAAUAAAUAGCUUUUAAAAUAUAAUUCCGGUUUUAUUCGGGUACCCCCUCGUACAUGUUCAUAGUUCUAACAUAUUUCUAAAAUGGGCGAGCUUGUGCCCAACAAUCUUCUCGUAACUGAUGACAGUGUUCUACAAGAAGUGCAGAGUCAACCUACUUGACGC